CGAGUUUAACAUCUGUCUGUUUAGCACACUGAAAACUUUCGUUUCAUUACCCUCGCGGACUCUUGGCGCGUUGCAUCUUCGAGUCGAAAGUUGCUGCUCGAAUAUGAAGAAGGCAAUUCUCUUGGUAAUUGCCCUUUCUAUCGCGACCUAUGCCGAUGGCAGAGUUUAUUACCUGGAGAAUGUAGAUGGUACGCGAGACAACGACGCGAUUUAUCCGAUCGUGGAACAGCAGGCUUCUCGCGAUCUGGAUCUGGCUUUCUCCGCGGGGGACUCCCUAGAGAACGAGAAUGUCAUAUCUCCGACUAGAAAGGUAUACACUCUCGUCACACCGGAAAAGCCGUAUGUCGGAUUGACCAGGGACGUGGAUCGACCAGUCGCGUACCACAGAUUAUCCGGCGAACCGGCUGCCAGAAGAGGCAGCUUCGACGACGUCAUUCUCAUUCCACAAGGAGGGCGGAAAUUGAUGAAGCUGAACGGUAACAAUAACGGCGAACUGAUCUUGGAACUUCGCGUCAUAGCUAAUCACGAUAGUGUGCAACUCGCGCGUUAAAAUGAAACUUUUAUUCAUAUACGAAGGAGAGUGCGCGG